CCCUGUCAGGAGAGUUCGGCAGCUUGGAUGUUUUGUGUGACAUGGAGUUCAAAGAAGAUUUUGUGAAGCUGUUCAAGGAGUCUCUGCGCACACUCCCCUCCGUUGGGCUGCCCACCCUGCUGGCUUACAGACCCGAAUCCUCACGACAAAGCAUACACAUGGAGGCAGAGGAGGACCCUGCUCCACGGUGUGAGUACUGCGGCAGCCUGCUGAGGCCGUUCCCUUCUGUCGAGGACAUUUACCCACCGUCGCGGGAUUACGAAUGGAAAUUCUGCUGCGAGCGUAACCGAGACCUCUUCGAGUUCAUCGUAAAUGAGAGGAAGAACCAUGAAGGCGCCCAGAGCGUCGCUGUCGGCCCCCACGCACCCCACGGCACCGAAGCGGACAGGCAGCUGUCGAAGGAGAGGGCGUACCAGAGGAAGCUGGAGAGACAAAUGGCCAGACAGUUAGCGCUCCUGGCAGCCCAGCCGACGACGUUGGCUCGUUGUUCCAGCCAAGGUGGCACCAUUUCCUACCUGCUUUCCCAGGAGCCCCCGUCGCUGAAGGGCCGGACGCUGGUGCCGGAUGAGACAGCAGCAGAGCCUGAGGAGAAGCCCGUCUCCUACAGCGUCACCUGCUGCGACUUCACCCUCGUGGGCGGACAGGUAGUGAAGAACAAAUUGUUGGAAAAAUACUACAAGCACGGAGGGAAAUUCCUUACCGUGCUUCCAGAUGGAACAGCGCAAUUAUUCUAUCCAUCUGGAAAUCUGGCGAUUCUUGUUGUACGAGAGAAAGAGCGGCUUAUUUGCAUCGUACAGGAAGACACGCCGAGUAAGGCCAAAAUACGAGCAGUAUUUAAGUCCAAUGGCAGAAGCACUUGCUAUUAUCCGAACGGAGCCGUGUGGAUAAACAUGACUGUCCAGGGCGGGCAGUAUUUGGACCAAGCAGGCAGCAGGGUGAGAAGGUGGACGUGGCCCAACAGCGUCACAUCAUCAGGCCCCCACGUUCCACUGAGCCCCAUCUUCCUCUCCCUGAACCAGCACGUGGGGGUGAGGAUCCUGGGCCAGGACAGGAUCACCGUUUCCUUCCUCGCCAUGGGGCAACAAGCAAAAUUCAACGUGGGAACCAAGGUGCAGGUCAGCGACGGCAGCCGGCUGCCUCCUGCCGCCCGACUGGGCGAAGACGAGCUCCUGCUGCUUGCUUUCAGGGUGAGGAUUCUGUGGCUCUUCGACAGACUGCGCGGAUGCCUCAACUUUCCUUCUAAUGAGCAAUGGGACAAAAUGAAGCCUCCAGCAUACCUUAUCACACAGACUUUGAAGAUCUUACAGCUUUGCACAACUUCUGACAUAAGCAAUGAGAUACGCGGCUCGGUCAGGGCGAUGGUCAAUUCUCAAGUGUGA